AUGUCAGAGCCCCCAAAUAAGAAGAUCAAACGCAUUGACGAGCUGCCUGAAGAUCUCACUGUAGAGCUGCCUGAAUAUCUGGUGGAGUACAUCAUAUCAAUGUAUUUCCCCAUCCAAUAUGUUCUACAAAACCGUGUUGUGUCCAAAACAUUCAGGGAAGUAGUGAUUCGAUCCCGAGACCUUGAUUUCGGCAGGAUAUACUCCAGGAGACGUAGUCAAUCAGAGGUUGUAAGUAUAAUUGAAGAGAUUUUUAAUCAACACAAAGGAUCAGAAAUCAACCGAUUUGUUCUGAUUCUCAAUCAUAUUGGCGUAGAGGAUAAGGUACUCUCAUGGGUAAAAACAUGCCUAAGUAAAAACAUUCAAGAGCUGACGUUAGACUUCUCCAAAUCCAAGAAAGUUAUGGAUCUCUCCGUUGAUUUAUCGGCCAUCGAGGCAUUAACUGUCUUGAAGCUAAGGUGGUGUAAAUUCGAAAUACCAAAUAAUACCCCAAAAGGUUUAAGACUCUUGAGGACACUUGCGCUCAUGAAGUCCAAGGUAACACCAGAGAUGAUAGAUGCAAUAUUCAGCAACUGCAUUCACCUCGAGACCCUUGUACUAACCAGAUGGAUAACGCAUGGGGUAUUGAGCAUCAAUGCUCACAAUCAUAAGAGGUUCAAGGAACUGGUCCUGUAUUGUAUGCCUAAUCGCUUGCAAAUCAUUUUAGAUGCACCUACUCUUGAAUGCUACAAGUAUGAAGGAUUUGUUAGGAUUCUUGACUUUUCAAGAGUGGACGCACUUAAGGAGGCGAAACUCCAUUAUAUCAAGAAUUACAGUUGGCGUUAUUACGACUCGUCUUACAUGGUGCUUGCUAACAUGGUGGCCUAUACAGGAGUUCAUGUCCUCUCAACGACAAAUAUCUUUCUUGAGUCAUUCAAGGAAAGAUACAUAGAGGGAGAAAUGAGAAGCCCGAUUUUCAAAUUUUUGAACUUGAAAGAAUUCUGUAUUCUUUUUAAAGCUCCAAACUUGUGUACUCUUUAUCACAUUUCUGAAUUCCUCAAAAGAUCCCCUAAGGUCGAAAAGGUUUUGAUCGAAAUUAAGAAGUUCACAUUUGAACCUGGUAUGCUUUGUAUAAUUCAUCAAAAGUCAUAUAUGGAGAGCAGCAACUACAAGUUUAACUCUAUCAAGGAAGUCACGAUUGAUGGCUACAAAAACCAUUGGCAUGAGCUUGAUAUAGUGCAGUUCUUUUGCGGGCACGCAAAAUCGCUAAAGAAGUUGAAGUUGAUCAUGCCAAAAAACGUUAAGAAAAGAGCACGCGGACUCGAUUAUGCUAGGUUGGAUUACAUAAGAAGCAGAUUUCCAUGUGUUAAAGUGGAGGUUUAA